AAUAAAUUAUUAAUAAUUAAUUAUUAAUUAUUAAUAAUGUCAACGAAAAGUUCAAAUAAACAUAAUUUUCCUUCAUUACCUUCUGAAACAAUUUAUGAAAUAUUCAAACAUAUUCAACAUGAACCUACAUUAUUUUCAUGUUUAUUCGUAAAUAGAGCUUGGUGUAGAAAAAUCGUACCAAUCUUAUGGGCAAGACCUAAACCUCCUAUAUAUAAAGAACGAGCAUCAAGAAGUCUUAUAGAAACUUAUGUAUCUUGUUUUGAUGAUGAAGAAAAAUCUAUAUUAUUUGCUGAAGAAGAUUUAUCACAAAUGGAUCGUUUAAAAAGUCCUUUAUUUGAAUAUGCUGUCUUUUUGAAAGAAUUAAAUUAUCCUUUACUUCGUUUGGCUGUUAGAAAUUGUUAUAGAAAUUUAGGUGAUAAAGAAUUUAGUAAAAGAAUUAAACCAACAAAACCUGAAGUUGAAGUGAAUCCUAAUCGUCAAAUUACGAUAAUGAAAGCUCUUUGUAAUUUAUUUAUGAGAAUGUCUCGUUUAGAAUCUUUAGUAUUAGAUUCUUAUGAUGAUAUACCUAAUGUACCUUUAUUUACUAGAGGUAAUUGUUUUAGUAAUUUAAUUAAUUUAAAAAUUUAUUGGACAAAUUUUGCUUCUAAUAUGUCGAAUUUUAUUAAAAAAUUACCUCAAAUUUGUACUGGAAUACGUGAUUUAUCAAUUGAAUUCGAUCUUGAUGGUAAUAUUGAAGCUGAAAAUAUUGCUAAUAUUAUUAAAUCUCAACAAAGUUUGAAUACUUUUGGACUUAGUGGAUCUCAUAAUCAAGUAAUUCCUAUCUUAUCCGCUUUAGAAAGUCAAGUAGAAUCUCUUACUAGUAUAAAAUUUUCAAGAAUUAAUUAUCAAUGGCAAUCUUUAGAUAUUCUUGGAAAAUGUUCAAAUUUGAAAUCUCUUGAUAUAGUAUCAUCUUUAUGUCCUGUAUCUCGUGAAGUUCCUGAUGAUUCAUCUAUUGUUGCCAAUGGUUCUUCUUUCAAUCUUCGUACUUUAAAAUUAUUAAAUCAAUCUCCAAAAUUGUCUGCUCAAUUAAUUAGAAUGGGUGGAAGUUCUUUAAGAAGUUUAUCAUUAAAUACUGUAACAUCUGAAAUUGUUAGUUCAAUAUUAAGAUCUGGAACUCGUAUAACUCGUCUUUCUUUAGAUAUAUCUGAAACUCCUCAAUUAGAUUUUUCUCAACAUUUAAGAAUUAUUGGUGGUUUAAAAAUAUUAAGAUAUUUACAUCUUACUUCUUCAACACCAAGUGAUAUAAAUAAUCUUUUAUCAGCUAUGAUAACAGUAUUACCAAAUACUUUACGUCAUUUAAAUAUAGAACAAGAAUUUUCUUUACGUCAUUUGGGAACAUUCUUGGAUUCUUGUAAAGUUCCUUUAGAAGAAUUAACUUUAUUCCCUAAUAUGUCUAUUGAUACAGGAUAUCUUACAGAAAUUAUUGGUUAUGUUAAAGAUAAAUCAUCUUUAAAAUUUUUAUACCUUAAUUUAUCUUGGGAAUCUGGUUUGGUGAAUAAAAUAUUUACUAAAGAAAUAGAUGAUGAAGUACAAAAAUAUCUUUUUACUGUUGAUUUAGAUAAAUUAAGAGGUGAAGAAAUAUGAAAAUAAUGAAGAAAGGUGAGAAAAUGAGAUGAUAUAUAGAAGAAGGUCUAAAGAAAUUGAGGAAGAGAUGAGAGAAAGAUGAAAGAAUUUUGGAUCAAAGAAGAUUUGAUGAAAAGGAACGUGAUAAAAGAUAUAGUGAUUUUUUAUUUUUCUUUUUGUGACUUUAGUUAUGAACCUUUUCAUACUGUUGUAAAUAUAUUUGUAAAAUAAUUCAAAAAAAAAAAAAAAAAAA